AUGCAAAUUACAGGCAUUCCUGGUAAUGCAUGUAUACGUAAAGCAAAUCAACAUAUGGUAGAGAAUUUCGUUGAUGGUGCUGAUGAUUGUCCACUUGGACAGGUAUGCAUAACUAUUGGUGAAUCAUCUAUGGGACAUUGCUGUCCGAAAGUAUGCCCACUAGGAACGUUACCAGAAUUUAAUUACUCUUGUGAUCCUACCGCAAGUAUCCGUUGUCCAUCUGAUACACAUUUUUGUCAUCGUAUUUCAGAUAGCGGAUUUUCGCAAUCAUUGUGCUGCCGUCGACCAUGUAAUGCUAUGGCACCAAAAGCAUUGUAUAUUAAUGGUACAUGUAUGGCACGCGGACAACUUAACUCACAAUGUACUGCAAAUGAACAAUGUGGUGGUGGCGAAAGUAUGAUAUGCAACAGGGGACAAUGUGAAUGCUUGGCUGGAUUUCAUCCACUUGUCGAUCCAGUAACGCAUCCAUUACGCAAUCCAAGUCAAACCUGUACACGAGAUUGUGAAUCGGAGGCACUUUCCAGAGAUACAACCUGCCUAAAGCCAGUAGCACUUGAAGCUCAUUGUUUCAUCCAAAAACAAUGCCCAAUGAAUUCCGGAUGUUACAGGGGUCGCUGUCAGUGUAAGUGUGGUUUUAAAAUGGAGAAACAGCGAUGUAUCGAGCUACCUCCAUCUCCUACUACAACAAGACAACCAUCCGUGAUCGUACCUGGUACUGUUAUCGUACCUGGUGGCGAUUUCUUAAGCCUUAUUGGAAAUUUCUUUGGGAAAACAGAAGUACGAAAUGCUGCCGGCAGAUAAAAUAGAAGCGUUGAUUAUACAAAUGUAUAUUCCCGGGUUUACGUUAAUGUUGUAUUAUGCUUUGUCGUGUUGUAAAAUCUCUAAAAUAUGCCUGAAAACCUAUUAUUUUAUUACUUCGACCUUCACAAAAUGACA